CAUAUUCAUACAACAGAGUACACAUGCAUUGUAAGUGUUGUUUAUUCUUGUCCAUCCUGAGCCUAGUGUUUUCUGUAGUUCGCGCUGAGGUCCUUAAAAUCAGCGGAUAUGUCGGGCACAAUGUCACGUUGCCCUGCGCCUAUGACGGACAAACUCAUGGCCUCGUGAGCUUCUGCUGGAGUCGAGGAAAGGUCCCUUCUUUCGUGUGCUCAAACAGCAUUGUCUACGCCAAAAAUGGGGUGCUGUCCUACCUCGAAGAGCCCAGGUACCAGCUGCUGGGCCGCCUUAGUGAUGGAGACGUGUCUUUGACCAUCCUGAAUGCUCAACCUGAUGACGCUGGCGUGUACGGCUGCAGGGUGGAGCUGCCAGGGUGGUUCAACGACUAUAAAGUCAGCAUAUACCUGGUGGUGGAGGAAGUGUUUUUGGAACAGUCUGUUUCUCAGGUUGGAGUAGUUAGUCUUCCAGCAACGGUUGGAAAACAAGCCACACCAGAUGUGUCUGGGUUUGAACAUGCAGAAGAUUAUUCAACAUUAAACAAUAAAAGCAGAACUGAGGAUACUUUCAGAGUGGAAGUGGGCAACAUUUGUAGAGUAACAGCUAUUGUCUCUCUCACUGUGCUCAUAAUCAUCGUUUUUAUUCCUUCAGCGAGACGACCUCGCCCAACACAACACCUAAAAACAUCAACGGUGGAGAAUAUAUAUGAAAUGGUCUAAAUUCUUUUACUUUUACACUUCUAUAUUUGGUACCAUGUGUUCAUACUAUUUUUUUUAAAAACACUGAUUCAUCGUGAUAAUGUUCUAAGACUGGUUUGCCUCUUCAGUAUGGGCCAGAUGGUCAACAAGACGACAAGGAAAUAAUGUGACACUUUAUCUUGUUGAAGAUGCGAGCGCUGUGGCAGUGGAGUGUUUCCUACGCCGUCAUGCAGCAUACUUGAGCAGUGUUCUGUGCGUUGGGCUGGCAAAUGGUCUGAGGGAGCACCACAACAACAAGCCAUUUAUAAGUUUUAUUAUUAUUAGUUUUUGUUCUUUUAAGCUUCCAAGCAACCAGAUGUUUUUUCGUUUUUCUGUUGUUAUGGCCGAAAUGGAUUAUUAGCAAUUCAAUAGGGGCGCCUGUGGAUUACCUCUGUCCUGCGCUUAAGUAUGGAUAGAUUUGAAGAGAAUUUAAUUCAGAAUCCACUAUUUGCCAUUGUUCCUAUACUUUGCAAAAUGCACAUGUUGUUUUUGGCAGCCCUUUUAAAUUUCGUUGUAGUCCUAGUCUUUUGGACGAUAAUACUUAUUUGUCUAAUGCUGGGUUCAUACUGCAGGUCUUAAUGCAUGAAUCCGAUUAUUCGUGUUUUUCCAACUUGAAUGAGACGUUAACUUGACGGUCUCAAUGGGACAAGUUGCGUAGAAGUGGACCAUUUUAAAUCUGAUCUGGGUCACUUUCGUAUGUGGGCCACAUUUGAAUGUCGCUGCGGUCUGAACCGUCAAGUCUCCCAAAUCGGAAUUCAUGCAGCAAUUACAUCAGCAAAGAGUGAGAGCAGCACGCAAGACGUUGAUUAAGAGAUGGGCUUGACCACAGUCAUAAAAAAUACAAUGAAGAAAAGGAUAAGCCUGAUAAUGCUCGGUUUCUUACUGUGCUCCAAAUGAGCAAUAUUUCCGUAGUGCUCACAUGGCCGACUCGGGGCAAACUAACUUACACACAUAAGCCUUAUGUGUGUGCAUCAUGCAGCACAGUGCGUAGUUAUUUGUUUUGAUGCUUCUGUACACGCGGGUCAGUUUGCGCAACGCGUUUCGGACUGCGAAUUAGUGCGCUUGCGUAAUACUUGAACGGGCUCAAUGGACAAUGGCAAUCUGAACGGGCAUGCCCAAUAAACAGAUAUCAGAAAAAAUCGGAAUCGUGCAUUAAGACCUGCUGUAUGAACCUAGCCUUAGUCAUAUUUUAGUCAUCUUAAAAUGUGUUCAUCUUCAUGUAGUUUUUGUGGACGAAAACUUAAAACUAAUUUCGUCUAGUUUUUGUCGACUUUUACUAAAAAUGUUUUUUUCAGUAAAAUUAAAAAAAAUUUACUCCAUAAAUAAAUAAAUAAGCAAAGGUUUCCAACCAUUACCAAUGAAUAUAGACAGACGAGCACAUAUUAUAGCGUCAACAAGGACAACAGCAACUUAGUGAUAGUUCAUACUGUACUCAACAGGGAAACAGAUUAUUUUCAAUUAACCAUACCCACCUGGACGCCACGAACUGUAUGUAAAAAAAGUUGUCUGACAGUUUAAGAGGACGCUCGCUGUUAGCAUUAGGUUAAUCCUAAGGCGAACGUGAAUGCCAUGCUAAUGCUACAAGUUACAUUGAGUGUGUGACGAUUACUCAGCACAGACCUUUUAAGGCUAAAGCAACAUUGCAUAUUAUCUGUGGCCAGGAUAAGACAAUAAAUAUUACCGUGUGUGCAAGACUUGAGAGGAGAGAUCACUGACGAGUUGAGGGGCGGUAGGGCACAGCACAUCAAAUGAGUGACACAACAAGACACUGCCCCAAUAUAGGCUAACUAUAUAUAAAAUGCCAUACAUUGUCAACAUGUGACAGAAACUAUUGUGCAUUUCCGUGUCGUUCUCGUCUCGUCAAACGAAAACUGGCAUUCGUCUUGUUAUGUUUAAGGCUCCCAGAACACGUUUUUAGCUCGCUAUCGUCUCGUCAUCGUCAUGAAAAAAGUGUUCGUUGUCGAAAUAUUUUCGCUAUCGUCAUCAUUGACGAAAACAACACACAAUAUAUUGAAUAUACAUUAAAUGUUUUCAAGAAAGUAAUUCAGUCCUGUCACGCAUAUUUGUAAAAUUUACCAAAUUUCAUAAAUAUAUAUAUAUAUAUACACAUAAGU